AGUUGACUGCUCUUUAGAAAUGCUUCUUUCAGCAUUGUUAGUAUUUGUUCAUUUUAUACAGGCAGAAGAGCCAGCAUGCAAACUGCAAGGGAGUACAGAGCUUCCAUUCUUAUCAAAAAAUGGAGACAUAAUAAUUGGUGGAAUUUUUAACAUCCAUAACUAUAGAAGCACAUUGCAUACCUUUAACUAUAAGCCACUUCCAACUGAAUGCAUAGUUUUUAAUGAAAGAGAAUUUCAGAAUGCCAAAACUAUGAUUUUUGCUAUAGAAGAAAUUAACAACAAAAAUAAUUUACUGCCUGGUGUUACCUUGGGUUACAAAAUGUAUGACGCUUGCACAUCCAUACAGUUAUCAGUUAAAAGAGCUCUGGCACCCCUGAACGAGCCAGGAGAGCAGCCUAAUCAAACCUGUAGCAGGACAACGCCUCUUCAUGCUGUCAUUGGAAUGUCUUCUACAUCGUACACACAGGCAGUUGCUUCAAUUCUGCAGCCUUUUCAAAUACCACAGAUAAGUUACUUUUCUACCUGUGGAUGUCUUAGUGACAAAACUAAGUAUCCAACAUUGCUCAGGACAGUCUCAAGUGAUUAUCAUCAAAGCAGAGCCCUGGCACAGCUUGUAAAGUAUUUUGGAUGGAACUGGGUGGGGACAGUAAGAAUAGAUAAUGAUUAUGGGAAUGACGGCGUUGCAGCUUUUACUCAAGCAGCACAGGAAGAAGGCAUUUGUAUUGAAUAUUCAGUAGCUGUAACAACUAGCAUGACCAGACAGAAGUAUAUUAAAGUAAUCAACCUAAUAAAACAAGCAUCAGCAAAAGUGGUGUUGGCUUUCCUACCAGCAGUAGAUAUGAAAGCAUUUCUUGAUCAACUUCUACUUGAAAAUGCAACUGGCUUACAAUGGGUGGGUAACCUAAGCUGGAUGACAAAGAGACUACCAGCAAAUACUGAAUAUUAUAAAGUUGUGGGCGGUGCAAUAGGAAUGGCUCUGCCCAAUGCAGUGAUACCUGGAUUAAGAGAAUAUCUUCUGAAUGUUAAUCCAUAUCAAGAUGCAUAUUCAAAAGAAUUUUGGGAAACCACAUUUGCUUGCAGUUUAAAUGAAACAGACACUUUCAAAGUAAAUAAAUGCACAGGGUCUGAGAACCUAAGAAAUGUCAACUCUGAAUACACGGAUGAAAAGGAAUUCAGAGUUCCAAACUGCAUUUAUAAAGCAGUAUAUGCAGUAGUACAUGCACUCCAUAAUCUUUAUAGCUGCAAAACUGGCCAAGGCCCUUUUACUAACAGCACAUGUGCUAAUAAGUUGCAGAUUGAAGCAUGGCAGGUACUACAUUACCUAAAGAAGGUGAACUUUACAACAAUGUAUGGAGAUCAUGUUUACUUUGAUGUAAAUGGGGAUCCUGAACCAAGAUAUGAAAUUAUAAACUGGCAGCAAGGUGAAGGAGGGCUCAUUAAGUAUGUAACUGUUGGUACUUAUGAUCCAACUUCACCUCAAGGACAACAAAUUAAAAUGAAUAAUGUCACCAUUGUUUGGGCAGGUGGUCAAACUGUGGUACCUAAAUCUAUAUGCACUGAAAGUUGUGCUCCAGGUACACGUAAGGCAGCCAGAAAAGGACAACCAGUCUGCUGUUUUGACUGCAUUCUUUGUGCUGAAGGUGAAAUUAGUAAUACAACAGAUGCCCUUUACUGCCUUCCCUGUCCACCAGAUUACAAGCCAAAUGACCAAAGAAAUAAAUGCAUCCUGAAAGACGUUGAAUUUCUUUCAUUUGAAGAGAUCAUGGGCUCACUGCUUGUUGUGAUUUCUUUGUUUGGUGCUUGCAUAACCAUGUGCAUAACUGUGGUGUUCUUCUAUUAUCGUGACACUCCUGUUGUGAGAGCCAACAACUCAGAAAUCAGUUUCCUUCUUCUCUUCUCUUUAAGCUUGUGCUUUCUUUGCUCUCUCACCUUCAUUGGUCAGCCCUCGGAUUGGUCCUGUAUGCUGAGGCACACGGCUUUUGGGAUCACCUUUGCCCUCUGCAUCUCGUGUGUUUUAGCCAAAACGGUUGUAGUGCUAAUGGCAUUUAGAGCCACACUGCCUGGCAAUAAUAUCAUGAAAUGGUUUGGCCCAAGUCAGCAAAGGCUGAGCGUUGCUUCUUUCACAUUAAUGCAGGUUUUAAUCUGCUCACUAUGGUUGAUAAUAUCUCCUCCAUUCCCCUAUAAAAAUUUUAAAUAUUACAAAGAAAGAAUAAUUUUGGAAUGUGAUUUAGGUUCUUCAGUUGCAUUUUAUUCUGUGCUAGGCUAUAUUGGAUUUCUUUCUUCCAUAUGUUUUAUUCUAGCUUUUCUGGCUCGAAACCUUCCUGAUAAUUUUAAUGAAGCCAAGUUUAUUACAUUCAGCAUGCUGAUAUUCUGUGCUGUCUGGAUUAGUUUUAUUCCAGCAUAUAUAAGCUCACCUGGGAAAUAUAUAGUUGCUGUUGAAAUAUUUGCAAUAUUAGCAUCUAGUUUUGGUUUACUCUUCUGCAUUUUUGCUCCUAAAUGUUAUGUAAUAAUAUUUAAACCUUACAAAAAUACAAAGAAACAUUUGAUGGGUAAAAUGCCAUCAAAAUCACUGUAACACACUACAAAAGUGAAAUCGUAAAUGCAAAAUAAUGAUUAACUAAAUACUUAGAGACAAUUUCUAAAUCUUCUAA